UGUGUCUCUCCUCCCCACCCAUACAUGCAAUCUGCUCUUGUGUAUUUCAUGUUUGUAAGGGGUGAGGAUAAACCUGCGAGAAGCUUACCAGUCUAGUCUCUUACUGACAAUCCCUCAGCAUCUUGGAUUACAUUGUAAGGCUGUGUUUCUUGUCUCAGGAGAGUUUACCUGGCUCGCUUACCUGUCUGCGCAGUGUGUGUGAUCAGUAAACCUGCCUGUGGUGCCUCAAGUGUUCUUUGCCUAGGAAAACUUUACUUACUGCAUGUUAUAGGAUCAUCCUAUUAAGAAACUUCAUAUCCCAGGCUGGAGUGCACAGUAAACUCCAACUCUACAAAUGGAUUACACUUUCAAUAUGCUUGGAGCGCAACAGGUGUAACCCUACACAAAAGUAACAUUCUGAAGACAAUGACCUAAGGAACACAGACAAAAGCUGAGCAUGGCUUAGUGAAGCAAGUCAACUGUGUACAAGACACACCAUGGCACAGAUCUUCAGUGUCAGCAAGUCUCGCCAAAGUAUCGACCUGCAGGGAGUGGACCCAGAGACGUGUGCUAUAGUAUUUAAGAACCACUGGGCUCAGGUCCAACGCAUUUUGGAAAAACAUGACCCCUUCAAGAACUCCCAUGCACGAUACGGCGCGAUUUCUUCAGAUGAAGCUAGCGCUGUGCAGAAUUAUGUGGAACACAUGAUCUUGCUUUUAAUUGAAGAGCGGGUGAAAGAUGCUGCUAUGGGGCCUAUUCUGGAGUUUGUGGUAUCGGAGAAUAUUAUGGAGAAACUGUUUUUAUGGAGUCUCAGGAGAGAAUUUACAGACGAGACUAAGUUUGAGCAACUUAGGAUGUAUGAGCUAUUGGUUACUCAGUCUCACCAGCCUUUGCUACAUCACAAGCCUAUUUUGAAACCAUUGAUGAUGCUACUAAGCACAUGUUCCUCAACAACAGCUCCAAAUGUAGAAACCAAACUGGUUGUCUUACUUAACCAACUCUGUUCAAUUCUUGCCAAAGAUCCAUCUAUCUUAGAACUCUUUUUCCACACAAGUGAAGACCAGGGAGCUGCCAACUUCCUUAUAUUCUCCCUGCUGAUACCUUUCAUCCAUCGAGAAGGCACAGUGGGACAACAAGCCAGAGAUGCAUUGCUUUUCAUCAUGUCCUUGUCGGCAGAGAACAACAUGGUGGCUAAACACAUAGUAGAGAGCACUUACUUCUGUCCGGUACUAGCGACAGGAUUGAGUGGUCUCUAUUCAUCAUUACCAACAAAGCUAGAAGAUAAAGGGGAGGAAUGGCAUUGUCUUGUUAAAGAAGAUUGGCUCCAGGUCCCCUCACUUAUACAGUUUAUAAAUUCUCUUGAAUUCUGCAAUGCGGUAAUACAGGUUGCUCAUCCUCUGAUACGGGCUCAGCUUGUAGACUAUAUUUACAAUGGGUUCCUGUUACCAGUUUUGGCUCCUGCAUUACACAAGGUGACAGUGGAGGAGGUGAUGACCACAACUGCAUAUCUGGACCUUUUCCUAAGAAGCGUUUCAGAACCAGCAUUGCUUAAGAAUUUUCUCCGCUUUAUUCUCAUCUACCAGCAUGAAAAUGUCCAGAUUCUUGAUACACUGGUCAGCCGAAUCAACACUCCAUUUCGGUUGUGUGUGGUGUCCUUAGCAAUGUUUCGAACCCUUAUUGGCUUUCAUUGUGAAGAUGUGAUGUUACAGCUUCUCUUAAGGUAUCUUUUGCCAUGUAAUCACAUAAUGGUUAGCCAGCGAAGUGCAGUAAAAGAAAGAGACUGCUAUUCAGCUGCAAAAUUUUUGGCCUUAACUCCCAACUGCUGUUCUAACACUACAGCUGAUGGAGAGGACUUGGAGAAAAAUUAUAUAAUGCUGUUAAAAUUCAAACAAAAAGACUCUGGUGAAGCUAAUGUAUCAUCAGGUUCACAUGAGGCAGAAUCCAAAUUUCCUGAGGAAUAUAGUGAAACUAUUGAUGCAAGUUACCUUAAGUACCUUUGUGAAGCUGAAGAAAGUAUCCUUAGAUGUGCAGAGGACUGUAAAGUCUGGUCAGCGUCUUACGAUGGGGAGAACCCAGACCCGGAAACUUCUUUUCAAGCACUUCUAGAAAACAGUUUUCGAAGAGGGGACUUUCCUACCUUCAGAGGUGGAAAAAGACAAUACAUAGGUUCCUUCUCUUCUGAAAUUCCUUCUAUUGGAGGAAAACUGCAGGAUGACCUUGAAUGGGAUGACAGCUAUGACACAGGAAUAUCUCCAGACUCGGGAACAAGUUCACCACAACCACCUCAGGACACUGUAUUACCCCCAGAACCCCCACAACAUAUCCAAGAGAUGAAAAAGAAUGCAACAAUGUACAUUAAAGGCACAUACAAUGAAGAAGAUGACUUUGACAAUGAUGCAAUGGUUUACAUGUUAUGUGCUGAAAAAGAUUCUGUUGAAACACAAGUGGAGAAAAAUGAAAGUGUGUCAGAUAAAAAGCCAGAAACGGAUGCGCAUCAUAAAGAACAGCAAUGUCCGGCUCAGGAAGUUAGCAGUACAGAAAGAAAUAAUAAGAAAAACUCAAGUCUAAGUGAAAAGGCAUUAAAAAAACAAACCACAAAAAGACGUAAGGAUCCUCCAAAACUGAAGAUUGUCUUCUCUUGUGAGGAAGACUCUGACUUUAGUAGGAAAACAAUGAGCCCGGACAGUGAAGAUUUCAUUGCUCGCUGUGAUGAAAUUAUAAAUGGAUUGAACACUACGGCAGAAGACAUGCCCAGUUCUCCAGCUCCUGAAAGUGUUUCUCUUCCCGAUGAGGAGGAUUUUGAAAAGUAUUCUCUAAGCACACCAUCUGUAGAAAGCAUUCCAUCACCCUUUGGGUCAAAGGAUGUUAUGGGCUACUCAAAUUACUCAUCUAGGACCCAAGCAGCCCCAUUUACAGGACCAUUCAUCAGUGUUGUGUUGUCAAAAUUAGAGAACAUGCUUGAGAACUCCUUGCAUGUGAACUUGCUGUUGCUUGAGAUCAUUACACAGCUCGCCAGUUACCCUCAGCCACUUAUUCGAUCCUUCCUACUCAAUACAAACAUGGUCUUCCAGCCCAGCAUUCGCUCUCUAUACCAGGUCCUAGCCUCUGUCAAACAUAAAAUUGAACAAUUUGCUUCUGUAGAGAAAAAUUUUCCAAAGUUGCUCGCCGAAGCUCAACAAUACCUGGUGGCUCGUGUGAACAUGAGCCAGGGAUCGACAGAUGUGUUAACCAAAGAUAAUUUGCCUGGGACUGGAGACACGGAAAUGAGCUCUACACACCCUUUGCAUGCUGGAGUGCAGAGAAAUAACCUAGAUCCCCCUCUUUCUACAGUCUCUACUCGCACUAGAAAUGCUUUGCUUGCAGCUGCCAUAUUUCCAGAAUUCCUAAAAGAACUUGCAGCUUUGGCUCAACAACAUUCUGUGUUAUAUUAUGUGAUCGGGGACUGUUUUUAGCACUUCAGUAUUUUGUGUAGAUUUCAAGUACCAUUUUAUAGCUUUUAUGUUGGUAUUUGUUUUUAAUGAUAUUCUAUUUUCUCAGUUAUAAUGGUAUUGUGAUGAAUUCCUUUACCAUAUGAUACUUUUUACUACUUCCUGUAAUACUUGAUAGAAAAUGGGCUUAUUGGUCCUGGUUACUGUUUUUUUUUUUUCCUGUGUGGGGUUAAUAGUAAUAUUUUCCUUCAUUAUAAUCGUCUUAUACCUCUGUGCUUUAUUAACAAUUUAGGCAGUGUUUACCUCUGCAUUGCAGUUUCUGCUGUGCUGGAUGAUUGGGUUUUGACAAGGUACAUGGAUACAAUGCAUGCAGCACAAACAAUGGAAUAUGCAACAGUUGCUACUAACAAAGCAUCUGUUGCAGCUGCAUGCAUUACCUUUAAGCGUAAAAGCCUCAAAAUGCUGAUACACACCUGGUUUUCUUGCAUAAAAGUCCUAGACCAAGCCUUCACAACUUGGCAGUAGAUGAGGGCCAAAAGUGAAAUAGGCUACACUCCUCAUGGCCACUCAACUCAUGUAGUUAAACUGCAGGGCAUGUCAAGAUUUUUGUACUGCACUGCUGUAUGGCUGCACUCACUGACUGUGCAUUUGUAUGGUGGCACUCACUGACUGCACUGCUGUAUGAAUGUGCUCACUGACUGCACUGCUGUAUGAAUGUGCUCACUGACUGCACUGCUGUAUGAAUGUGCUCAUUGACUGCACUGCUGUAUGGCUGCGCUCACUGAUUGCACUGCUGUAUGGAUGCGCUCACUGACUGCACAGAUGUAUGACUGCACUCACUGACUGCACUACUCUGUAUGGAUUCGCUCACUGACUGCACUAUUGUAUGGCUGCACUCACUGACUGCUCUAUUGUAUGGAUGUGUUCACUGACUGCACUACUGUAUGGCUGCACUCACUGACUGCACUGCUGUAUGGCUGCACUCACUGACUACACUGCUGUAUGGAUGUGCUCACUGACUACAUUAAUGUAUGACUGCACGCACUGACUACAUGGCUGUGUGUGCUACAAUCAGCACACUUUUUUAUGAUUAAGUACUUAGUUCUUGUCCUUGUUUAAGUUGGUCUGACAAUGUUAAUGUUGUUCAGUUAACAGUUAACUAUCAUGGCCUGCUUACAUAGAUGUACCUAGGGCUUACUAUUUAUGUGACCAGAAUCACUUUACUGUGGCCAGCAGCACAAUGAGAGUAGGGAUAAUGGAUGCAUACGCAGUUGAUAUCUGAUAUCCCUGCCCUUGAUAUUAAGGAAGGUCUUAGUCUAGUCACUAGACUAGGUCCUUCCUUGGCAUAACAGUACAAUGAUUGUGGGCCACAAGAAAUCCUUUGGUGGGCUUGCCGUUGAUGGAAAAUUUAACAUCGCCUAAAUGAAUGGCCAUCCAUGUUAUACAAGGAUGGCUAGUCUUCCAGAAUGGUAGCUACUCUUUUAUAAAAUGGCACUCCAUUAUUGCUCAUAGAUGGGUGGGGGAGACGGGAAUCCAAUAGGGUACAUGGAGUGGUUGUAUAUGUUGCUAAAAUACUUGGCCAUACUUACCACCCCUGUGAUCUCCUGCACGGGUGCUCUCCCCAGUAAUGGGGAAUGCCAACCCCCGCACGAAGCGUUGGAUGAAAAAAAAAAACUUUAUAUAUGUCUAUGAGAGAGCCAUUCGGCUAGCUCCAGCAAUCCUAUAGAGAUAUAUGGAGGGGGCAUGUUGGCCACCGCUUUGUGCAGGAAUCAUGACACUCCGUUCCCAUUGAGAGCAGAGGGCCUGUGCAGAAGAUUGUGUGUGUGUGGGGGGGGGGGGGGUCCCAGUGAUCGAACCCCCCCCCCCCCCUGCAAUCUAAAACUAGGAAAUACGUUUUUAUGCAUGAUACUUCUUUAAAAUUAUAGAAUCAACAUUAAAAAACACUAUAUAUAAUACAACAUAAGCACUAAGUUAGAUUUAUGUCAAGACAAUUUGCAAUACAAUACUCUAGUCAACAGAAAAAUCUAGUGUUUGGAUAACUAGAAUCCAUAGACACAGAAUAAGGACACAGUGUACCUAAUGGAACUUGCAUUUACAAUCAGUACUGUGCGUCUCCUCAUUGUGCAGCACUCACAUUGCUUUCGAGCUCUAAAGUAAAUGAACACUAAAUUGGUUGUAGUGGGCCAAUUUAAAGGGAACCUCUAAUCACUUUUAUGCUGCCUGAACCACUAGUCAUCAGGAUGGUCCCCAGCAGCUUUCCUCUGCCCCACCAACCAUGAUUGAUAGAUCUUUUCCUAUAAAUGUACUACGAGAGAUCUUGCUCUCAAUAUGGGUGAGGCAGGGAGAGGUGAUCUGGGACUGCCCCAGUGACUCGUGGUUCAGACACCAUGAAAGUAGACCAUGAAAGGGUCCUUUUAGUACUGCUUUGUACUGAGCGUAUGAUAGAACAGGACAGAAUAAUAUAUUCACAGCAGCAGGGCCAAUUCUAGAUUAUGAGGGCUGUUCUAGGCUCCGUUAUACUACUCUGCCUGUAUCAUAUAGCGUCGUCUGCGUAGACUGGAAAUCAGUCUCUCUUUGCAUUGCUAUGAAACUCACAUUGAGCAGAAUGGAGUUUCUAAGCUUGAGAUAUAUAGUUCUAUGUUUAUACGCUAUUAUAACUUAUGUCUUACCACAGUGUCUUUCUCUCUCUAUCCCAUGUUAGACCUAACAUGAUGAGUAUAGUGCAAAUUGUAAAAAUUUUACACGCAAAGUGGAUUCUGGGGCCAAAACAUAUAAAUAAUUGAUAGACACAUGUAAAAUGACAUUAAAAAGUCAUUACCGUGCAAGAGUGUAUUACAUAUACAUGAGACCCCAUAGCAAAAUAUUUUCCAUUUCACCAUAAAGUAGCCACGUAAUGAACAGUUUGUCCUUACCUCUUUUUACUUUCCUCUAGGCACUCUGCAUUAUAUUAUUUACAGGCCCUUCAUUUUCUUUCUCCCCUACUUCAUACACAUGUAUCAUAAACUUGCAGUAAAUAUUUGUCCCUCAUAAGCUAGGCCCAAUAGCAAGGCCUUGCCUGCUGCUUUGGUAGUUAUAUCCUUGCUACCUUUAUGUGUUCCUUACUGCACAGAGUUUAUUUAACAGCAAACAAUCACUUGUGUUCAUUUUACUUUAUAAUUCAGGUUAGUGCAUUCUAGUAAAAUAAUUUAUGAAAUAUAGAUAUUAUACUUAAUCAUAUCAAUAGGGAGUAAGAGAUGGAUUCUAUAGAAAGUCUAUUAAGUCCAUUUUAUACAGCGAGCGGAAAUAAUUUAAGAACAUAAAACAACACAGAUGUAGCCAGUGUCAUCUUAAUCCCUGGUGCAUUAGGAUAUUAUACUGGACUCUUGAGUUGAAAUAAAUUAUUCUACCAUAUUGCAAACACCUAAU